GAACCUCCACUUAUAAAAUUAACAUCGAUAAGCCGGAUGCCAGGUGGAAGGGGCGGUGACGACCAGUUCCAUACUUGGCAGGAGAAGCUUAUUCCGCUGCGCUAGCAUCAUCGGACGGUCGAGAAUGGCGGGGGAGAAGAGCAAGAUCCUGAUCAUCGGUGCCACGGGGUACAUCGGAAAGUUCAUCACGGCGGCGAGCGCGCGGUCCGGUCACCGCACCUUCGCCCUUGUGAGAGACACCGCACCCUCCGACCCGGCCAAGGCCAAGCUUCUGGACGACUUCAAGUCCUCGGGCGUCACCCUCAUCCAAGGGGAUCUUUACGAUCACGGUAGCUUGGUGAAGGCGAUCAAGCAAGUGGACGUGGUGAUCUCGACGGUGGGGUUCCUGCAAAUCGCCGAUCAGACCAGGAUCAUCUCGGCAAUUAAAGAAGCUGGAAACGUUAAGCGGUUCCUUCCAUCUGAGUUUGGGAGUGAUGUCGACCGUGUGCAUGCUGUGGAGCCAGCAAAAUCGUUAUUUGCUAUCAAGGCCCGGAUCAGACUUGCUAUCGAAGCAGAGGGGAUUCCUUGCACCAUUGUUUCUUCCAACUUCUUUGCUGGUUACUUCCUCCCAACACUUGCACAAGCCGGAGCGACUGGUCUUCCCACAGACAAAGUUGUUAUCUUAGGUGAUGGGAAUACCAAAGGAAUCUUUGUCGACGAAGUUGACAUUGGCACAUUCACCAUUAGAGCCGUGGAUGACCCAAGAACGCUGAACAAGAUUCUGUAUCUUAGACCGCCCGCCAACACCUUAACUCACAAUGAGCUAGUCUCCCUGUGGGAGAAAAAGGUUGGCAAGACCUUUGAGAGGGUAUAUGUUCCUGAAGAAGAGGUUCUGAAGCAGAUCCAAGAAUCUCCCGUUCCGUUGAAUGUCGUGCUGUCUAUCUGCCACUCUACCUUCAUCGAGGGGGACCAGACAAACUUUCAGAUUGAGCCAUCAUUUGGCGUGGAGGCCACAGAGCUCUAUCCUGAUGUCAAAUACACUACUGUUGAUGAGUAUCUGAACCGGUUUCUCUGAAAGCACGCUUCUUAAUUCCACGAAUGCCAGCUGAACUUCCGAUGUUUUGGUUAUGCGUGUUAAUUUGAUAAUAAAGGAUUCCAGUCCAUGUUUGGUGAUAUAUAUAAAUAUCUUCAAUGAACCCUAGUUUUUUUUUUUUUUCCCCUUUCAUGACAAUGCAAAGUCUUGGUCACAGCCAUCCUUCUUUA